AUGGUGUUCUUCGCCAUGAGACCAAGCAAGAUUCUUUUGUCAUUUGUUUUUGGGGUGUUUAUUGGAGGUGCAAUCGGCGAUGAGAAUGACUGUUCAGGACCUGCUCGUAUCCAAUCUUUGACCAACAGCAUCCAGUUUCUUGUGUAUGACCUCAGCAUCAUGGAUGCGAAUAAUACCUUACAGGAAAUCCACGAGGCUCUCUUCCCAGAUAUACACGUCGUUGCUUCUAUGAGUCAUAGGCAUAUGACCGAGUUGAUGAAAAUGACAUCAGUGUAUGUUUGGAAGUCCACCAACAAUGGAACAACGCAGUAUACAGGAUAUGCAAUAGAUAUCCUAGAUACAAUCGCCGCUGUCCUAAAUUUUAGUUACAGUAUGACUGAACCUAGGGAUCAGUCUUGGGGACUUCCUGUCAACGGAAUCUAUGAUGGAAUUGAGGUGGACCUUGCCGCUUGUGACCUAACAAUAGAUGAAGGCCGAUCUGCUUUCAUGGACUACAUUUACCCGCCGAUCAGGACAGAUUACAUGGACGUGGUGUAUAAGAGGCAUGAUAAACAACGAACUACUUCUCUAAUCCUUCUGUCUCUACCACUCAGACCUUGGGCGUACCUCAUUCUGUUCCUGAUGGCGGGAUUAUGUCCACUGUUGUUGGCUGUGUUCGAAAGUGUGGAUUUCGGCUGGAACGAAACAGCUGCAGGCUCUGGAGAUGUGGGCGUUACUUAUGUGAAGAAAGUGAAACAAAGUCUGCUUUGUGCUUGCUGGGAGGUCACCGGAUCUUUGUUGAAGCAGGGUUUUAGUAAAUAUCCUAGAACUCUACCCGGGAAGGUGUUAGUGACGUCAUGGUGGAUGUUGCUGAUAGUGAUGACGACAGUCUACAGUGCCAACCUGGUGGCCGCCCUGUCUGCACAGACUGAUGUCAAACCUUUCUCUGACCUAGAGGGGCUUCUGGACAGUGACUAUUCUGUUGUCAAGCCUUCCAUCAAGUGUCAGUGGAAGGAUUUGGGCCAAGAUAGCUUCCAACGACCCCGUGUUUCUUGA